AUGAGAGAUAAUCGUGUGAUGUCCUGUGAUCCGUUCAACUUGAUGGAGAGUACUUGUCCGAAUGGAUACUUUUGCCAGUGGUCAUUGCCAAAACAACGUUAUCAGUGCUGUGGUGAGAUACCGUCGCUUGCUUAUAAAAGUACUAAAAUGGCUUCGUUUGGCUGUCCUCAUAAUCAGGUGGCAUAUAGAGAUGAAGCAACAAAUGAGCCAAAAGUAUGUGCGGUUGUGGCACAGAAUUGCCCAAUCGGAUAUUUUUGUCAGUUUUCCAAUUCCAAUAAUCAGUUCCAAUGCUGCGGGAUCAGCAAUGGUUGCCCAAAUGAGCGGGUGGCAUUCAUUAGAGUAAAUGGUGAAGUACAGAACUGUACGCCUGGUCAAACUGUUUGUCCAAAUGGAUAUUCAUGCCAAGAAACUUCAAAUGGAACUCAUUUGUGCUGUACAAGUGGAUCAAACGAAAAAUUAUCAUUAGUUGUUGCAGCAAUUUGUACCAUCGACCAAGUAUUGAUCGGUAGUUCGUGCGUGGAUAAAGUUGAAAUCGGAAAGCCAUGUAGGAAUUCGAAGCAGUGUCUGGGUAGAUCCAGUUGCAUUGAUGCCUGUCCAGAAGGCGAAAUACUAAUAGCAGAUGAAUGUCUAGAACAAGCUAAACCGGGCGAUCUUUGCGUCGACGACAAACAGUGUUUAGGUAGUUCAAUAUGUAAAGAAGGCGUUUGUGAAUGCCUCAUUGGGCGUGUCUUGUACCGUGGCAAAUGUGUGAAAGAAUCAAAAGUUGCUAUAAAAUGUUCGAUUUCGAGCCAAGUACCAUAUCUUGAAAAGGGAUCGGGCAAGGUGCGAUAUUGUUCUGCCUCAAAGAAUACUUGUCCAAAAGGAUACAGUUGUCAGUACAGUCGCGAUGCUGAACGAAAUAUCUGUUGUGGUUAUUCAAAUACCAGUGUUGUUGCUAGAAGCAGCAAUGGUAAAACAACAAAUGCUCGCAAGCAGCCAAAGGUUGCUAUCAAGACUUGCGACAACGGUACUCCGUAUAUCUUGAAAGGGAUACCGCAAGCUUGUACCUCAGCACCUUGUCCGAUUGGUUUCGACUGUACUUUCUCCAAGAAAGCCCAAAAUUACUUCUGUUGCAACAUGAAAGCCAGAGAUGGUGUGCGUGAUGAUGGCUGCCCUUCCGGAACAGCACUUCUUUUUCCAGCAACUGGAACACCGUUGCAAUGCAAUAAUGGAAAGAAAAGAUUCUACGAAACCUCGAAUGCGGUACCUUGUUUAGGAAAUCAAGUUAAGGUAAGGCAGUACGUGAACGGCCAAUAUUUCAACCGUUGUGAAGACCGUUGCCCAGCUUUUCAAAUUGCAGUUAAUGGUUUCUGUAUGAAUCAAAUCGAAUUCCCCACAAGUGUUGUAGGGUGA